AUGGCACCCUCACAUUCGAAUAAAGAUGAAAAUCUAGAACCGCCCAGGAUAACGCCUGCAGGUGCAUGGAAUGUCCAAACAGUGUCGGUCGGUUGCAAAGUCUACAUCCGACGUCAGAACCCCGACGGCGAGACUGAAGAACGACUAGCUGAAAUCCUCUCUAUCCGAGAGAAACUCAACAACCCUUAUGCUGCUCGUACAAGAGGGGCUAAUGCCGCGAAAGAGGAUAAACCGGAAGACAAAUACGAAUUCUUUGUGCACUGGGAUCAAUUUAACAAACGUCUCGACGAAUGGGUCUCUGGGUCUCGGAUCGUCUUGAGUAGGGAGUUGGAAUGGCCACGUCCCAAAGCGCAGCCGGGGAAGAAGGCAGGGCCGGGGCAGAAGCACCAUGGCAAGGCGCCACGCUCGAAAUCUGUGAAGAAAGCUGCUGGUAGCACUGUCGCCACACCUCGGGCGGGCUCGGUCACUCCUUCCCUCGCUGGCGCUCCCUCCACGCCUACACCUACUGGGAAGGCGGCGAAUGCUGCUAAGUUUCUUGGGCCCUCCUUGAAACGGAAGACUUUACACGAUGAGCAGGAGGAAGAGGAAGAGGGGGACGAAGAUGCUGAAGGUGACAUGGACAUGGAUGUCGACGCCGAAGGCGAGCAGGAACAGGAGGGCGAGUUCGAGCUCAGCGUUGCAGAAGCUCCUACGGAGCCACUCCCUUCCGUCUCGCAAUUCAGUAAGGAGCAGGAGAUCGAGAAGCUGCGGACGUCUGGAUCCAUGACCCAGAGCAUCUCAGAAAUCGCCCGGGUGAAGAACUUGGACAAGCUUCAAAUGGGCAAGUACGAGAUUGACGCAUGGUACUUCAGUCCGUAUCCGCAAGAAUAUGCCCACAUUCCUGUCCUCUACAUCUGCGAAUUCUGUCUCUCCUACUUCGCGUCGCAGUUCAUGCUUGCACGGCAUCGAAGGCGAUGCGACCUACUGCACCCUCCCGGGAACGAAAUCUAUCGCCACGAAGAUAUCUCUUUCUUCGAGCUCGAUGGGAAGCGCCAAUUAACUUAUUGUCGAAAUCUUAGUCUGCUGUCGAAAUGCUUUCUCGAUCACAAAACGCUGUAUUAUGAUGUAACACCAUUUCUGUAUUAUUGCAUGGUCCAACGAGACAGCACGGGGUGCCACCUCAUAGGCUAUUUCUCCAAGGAAAAGGAAUCGGCCGACAAUUACAAUGUAGCUUGUAUUCUUACUCUGCCCCAAUACCAACGCCACGGGUUCGGUAAACUCCUCAUUGAAUUCUCGUAUGAGCUCAGCAAGAAAGAAGGCAAGCUCGGGAGCCCGGAGAAACCGCUGAGUGAUCUAGGCCUGUUGGGUUACCGGGCAUACUGGGCGGAAACGAUCGUUGACCUCUUGCUCAACACCAAUGAGGAUAUCAGUAUCGAUGAUAUCGCGCAGAAGACAUCCAUUACACAUCAGGACAUUAUGAAUACAUGCACCACGUUGCAGUUGUUCAAGCAUUACAAGGGCCAACAUGUGAUCUGUUUAUCCGAUGCUGUCCUCGAGCGGCACGAGAAGGUGAAGAACAAGAAGAGACGGCGGAUACAUCCUGAAUGUCUCAUCUGGAAACCCCCGGUCUUCACUAGAGAUCAAUUGCGGUUUGGCUGGUAA